CUCUUCAAAGUAUCAGCUGUCUAUGCUUGCUCCAGAACAGAAUCUCGCCCUAGGUCAGUGCUUCUGUAUAUUGCUCUAUAUUCCCCUUCUCCCUUUUGCGCUAUGGAUCUGUUCUAGUUUCUUCCUACAUUUGCUAUGUUCAUGGGACGAAUUCAUGCAUAUUUAGGCGUACUUUUUUUUUUCCUUCAUGCGAUGAUGCUUUUUCUUAAUUUCUUAGCUUAGAUUAGCCUUUCUUUUCAUGUACAAUCAUCCUCUUGUCCACCUUAAAGGAAAAUCGCAAUCAAAUCAUAUCUUGAUGUGGUACGAAUGAAGGAAGAUGGCGGAUGGACGCCGCCUCCACAACUCCACGCCCCGCCGCCACAACAAGUGCGGGGCAUCCGCCAUAGCUUUGAUCUAAUCGCAGCUCGCAAGUAAAACAUUCUCUUCCACUUGCUUCCGUGGAACCUUUUACCGCGCAUCUGCGUCGCCAGAUCGAGACAGAGCUCAGGAAAAUGACUUCGUUGCCAGGACGAAGCAGGUAAAACGUGAGCCUGGGAUCUUACUCGUGUGAACGCUUAUAGUAUGCUGUAGUGGCCGAGUUCGUCAUUCGGGACUUGUGGCCCUCGCCCGCCUCCCAUCCCACAUCACGUAUUGCUGCUGUUGCCGACCGCGGGCAACCGCCUGUGUUGUGCGCGCUGCCGAUCCGAUCUGGAUGAGCGUUGCCUCUCUCAGGACUUGAUCCCAUCCUUUCCCUGCCCCAUUGAUAAUGACACUAAUACUGCUCAGAUAAGACAGUAGCUUCAGCUGAACUUCCGUUGGCAGGUUGGAAGUCCAUGGGUGAGAAAUUAGAAGAUUCGGGAUGCGAAAUAGAGCAACAGCAGCAAAGGCGGGUAGAGCAGAAGAGGGGAUUCAGAAUUUUCUGUUCUUCACGGAUGCGUUACAUACGUAUACAGUUUUGGCUACAGCUCUCUUUUUUUACAGUUAGGAGCAACAGUCAUUUUUUUUUUUACACAGACACUUCACAAUGAUAUUACCGCAUAAGGCUAUGUCUAUAAAAUUCUUUUCAACUUGUGAUGAAAGCUGCAUAUAUUCUUAUCCCAUCAUUAGCUCAAUUUGUGAUAUAAGUCUAUAACAAUGAUAUUACCUCAUGAAAAUUCAGCUAAAUAGGUUGAUUUGUUUUUGGCACAAAUUUAAGGAUGAGUUGUACUGGAGGAGUUAGUAGGAUGCUCAAAGGUGGUGAAAAGGAGAAAGACAUGGGCAAGGAUGACAAUGGGGCACCAUCAACCAGCCUAGAGAUACAAGGCAAUAUAAAUAAGCAAAUUAAGCACCAGGAUGCGUAUAUUAAGAAGAUUGGACCAUGGGGCAGUGUACGUUACAGCGAUAUUAAUAAGGAAAUAAAGGUGACACCACAUUGUCUGAAGAGCAUCACAAUCGAGAGUGGCUCUGCAAUAUAUUCGUUCCAGUUUUCAUAUAGCGACGAACAUGGAAUGGAACACCAUUCAGGUCUAUGGGGGGGACUAGCUCCCAGUCACCAUACUGCUGAUGGAGUCUUUAACACGAUUCAGCUUGGACCCGAAGAACUUUUGACAGGAAUAUCUGGAACAACUGCUGGCAACGUUAUAAGUUCACUUACUUUUAUAACCAAUACAUGUCAAUAUGGACCUUUUGGAGUUGCAGAACAAAUUCAAUUCCAUAGUUCACCGAUGAGUGGUAGCAAUAGAAUUGUUGGCUUCUUUGCCCGUUCUGGUCAUGUACUUGACUUACUAGGUUUUUAUGUGAAAAUUGAGAGGGAACCAAUGGAGAAAAAGGAUUUGAUUACCAAGGUUGGGCUAUGGGGAGGUGAAUCGGGGUCGCUUCAUGAUCCCAUAGUGGUACCACGACGUCUGGCAAGCGUUGUAAUUUUUAGUGGCAAGGUAAUCCAUUCACUGACGUUUACAUACAUUGACUGCGAUGGACAUCAACACAGCUCUGGUCCAUGGGGAGGAUUGGGUACGUCUAAAACAGGGGCCUUUCAUGCAAUUAUGCUUGGCCCUACAGAAAUAGUGAAGGAAGUUUCUGGAACAGUCGGUCUGAAUACCGUAACGUCGCUUUCGUUUGUCACCAAUAUUGCUACUUAUGGACCUUUUGGAGACGGAGAGGGGAUGCCAUUCCGCAGUCCCACGCAAGACAAUGAUAGCAUCGUUGGCUUCUUUGCCAAGGCUGAGCAGCAUAUUAAUGCAAUUGGUUUCUAUCUCACAUCAACUGAAAAACAGGUUUCAUUUGUACUCACAUCGCCAUCAACUUACUUCCUUACUUUUCGAUAUUUUCAUUCUUUUCACUAGUACAAACUGACAAUAUAGACACGGGUUAAAGCCCUCGUCGACAAAUAGAGAAUGGUUGUGUCGUCACGAGUCUGUCGAGGAGAAGGGCUCAUUGGCAACAUAUAUAUAUAUAUAUAUACAUAUACCCAUUUCUGAUGUGACCUUAGAGGAGAGUUUCGAACCUCUAAUAUCACCUCGUCGGUGAAGGAGAACUGUAUUAUCGUGUA